AUGCUUCCUAUCUCGUUCCCCUUCCUCCCUCCAUCCUGCGUCUCCAGCCAAGCCGUCGGGUGCUUCCAGAUAGAGUUCGCCUCAACUGAUAUUCUGGGCGCGUUUGGCGCUGCCAGUUUGAUCACCUUCGUCCGGUCGGCGCGCACUCGGCGAGUUUGCCGGGGAUUUGCACGCGCUUGGCGCGUCGAUCGCCUCGCCCCCUGGAUGAUUGAGGCGUGGAGUUGUUUGGAGGGUCGGCGGAUUUUAGCAGGCGGAAGUUCAGAUUCUGUUUGCGAUGGUUGCGAGGCUUCGCUGGCGGCCGUGCACUGGAUGCAUGAGACAGUCAUCUUUGAGCGAGGCGGCUCUCAGUAG